AUGUCGUACCUUCAGCAACAGCUCAAGAGCUUCAACGCCAGCGUUGUGGAAUCGGCGAACCGUCUCCCCCAACAGCGACGAGUGGCGGCCAACAAUCCUACAGCUUCUGGCAGCAGCUCGCAGGUACCUUCAUCUGCUCCGACUCCUUCCUCGACAGGCGACUUGAAGAAGAAGCGACAUGAUGCAGACAUUGUCUAUUCACAGCCAGCCAACACGGGUACGGGUAAGGAUAUCAUGACCCAGGUUCUAUUUGCGAUCGAGCACAUGAAGACCAAAGGCGUGCCCCUAAAAUUUGGGGACAUCGUUUCCUAUCUGUCACUCCAGCACCGGGCGCACGAUCCGGCAUACGUCCAGGCCCUUCGCAGCAUCCUCCAGCGACAUGAGAAAGUGGACUACGACCCGGCGGGCGCUGGGGGCGAGGGGACAUUCAGCUUUCGCCCUCCGCAUAAUGUCCGCAAUGCCGAACAGCUGCUACAAAAGCUACAGUCGCAGAAAACUGCCGCUGGUAUGAGUGUUCGUGAGCUUCGGGAGGGCUGGUUGAACGUUGAGGAAGCCAUCAACCAGCUUGAGAAGGAAGGAAAGCUGCUUGUAACUCGAAACAAGAAGGAUGGUCAUGCCAAGAUGGUCUGGGCGAAUGACCCCUCGCUGAUUGAGCAUUUUGAUCCUGAGUUCAAGCAGAUCUGGGAUAAGAUCAAGAUUCCGGAUCCCCAGGCCGUCAAGGAGGCGCUGGACAAAGCGGGCAUUCUUCCCACGAACAAGAACAAGGUCAUGAAGCCCCGCAUCAAAGUGGAACAGAAGAAGACCAAAAAGCCCCGACGCAGUGGAAAGACGACCAAUACCCACAUGCAGGGUAUUCUGAGGGACUACUCUCAUCUCAAGCGGUGA